GGAGGUUCAUCUCGUGAUCGUUGUCCCUCGACCGAACCCACUCCCCGCAAGGGGAGGAGAAAACGACACGAUGGGAAUACUGGGUCAGGCUUCAUCUGCCAAUCAAGUUAUAUAUUAUUCUCGGAAUCCAUCCGAGAACGGACAUGUACCGUCGCGCACGCGCGACCUGCAAGGACACCCACCUGCUUCCUCCGAAUCCUCCAUCCGAGCGAGGGCGAAGCGACAAUGCCCGCGGCUUCCAACCAUCAGCCCGACCCGUCUCCCGAUGAGGAGGCUCAAGAGCACUUGCUCGUCGUGGACAUCGGCGACGGCGUCAAGGAGGACCGGGCCAAGUUCGAGGUCAAAGGCCUGAACAAGGUUUCCGAUGCCGGGGACCCCAUCCUGAGAGAGAUCAACCUGGAGAUCCCGCAAGGGAAGAUCGUGGGCAUCAUCGGGCCGAGCGGGAGCGGCAAGUCCACGCUCCUGAGGGCCCUGAACCGGUUGUGGGAGCCGCCGUCCGGCACCGUGUUCUUGGACGGCGAGGACAUUAAGAAUCUCGACGUGCUCAGCCUUCGGCGGAAGGUCGGGAUGCUGUUUCAGCUUCCCGCGAUGUUUGAAGGCACAGUUGCGGAUAAUGUCAGAUAUGGACCACAACUGAUGGGGAAGAAGCUAAGCGAUGGUGAAGUGUUCAAGUUGCUGAACCUUGCCGACCUCGAUUCCUCUCUCUUCAGCAGAGCCGGCUCAGAACUCUCUGUCGGUCAGGCCCAGAGAGUGGCACUUGCGAGGACACUAGCUAACGAACCAGAGGUUCUUCUGCUGGAUGAGCCGACAAGUGCGUUGGACCCAAUCUCGACACAAAACAUCGAGGACGUGCUAGUGAAGCUGAAGAAGACUCAAGGAUUGACGACCAUAAUGGUCUCCCACAGCAUCAAACAGAUUCAGAGGAUUGCCGACGUGGUUUGCCUCCUGGUGAGCGGUGAACUGGUGGAAGUUUUGACUCCUGAUCGUCUCUCGGAAGCCAAGCAUCCCAUGGCACAGAGAUUCCUGCAACUCAGCAACUGAAGGGCUUCCCGUUUCCACAUUAUCGCGUGCUGAACGAAUAAUCGUGUGCAGAUUCAGCAGUGUUCUGUUAUAUCGACCUCAUCUUCUGUGACUGGAGACCUAUAGACUUGAAACAGUGCUUAUGGAAUUUGGUGGUGUAAUCAAGUCAUCGUAUUCUCGGUCUUUGUUCUGUUUGAUGUCAUAAUAGUUGUUGAAUGAAAGGAAGAUUGUCGUCGACUCCUUUA